AUGGUGAAAUCGACCCUAAACCGUUUCAAGAACUUUGAUGCCUACGCCAAAACCCUAGAUGACUUUCGAGUCAAGACCUCCACCGGCGCCGUAGUAACGCUUGUGAGUGCAGUUGUUAUUGCAGUCCUGCUGUUGGGCGAGUUCUUUGACUACCGAUCGGUGCACACCGAGUCCUCGCUUAUUGUUGAUGGCGGCAGGAAGGCCAAGAUGGCCAUUGACUUUGAUAUCUCCUUCCCCAAGAUCCCUUGCUACAUUUUGACGCUGGACGUUAUGGAUGUUGCAGGAGAGCACCAGAGCGAUAUUUCUCACUCAGUCUACAAGGUCCAGUUGUCGCCCGAUGGUUCCGAGAUCAAGCGCGAAAGAGCACCCAACCUGGGUGACACUGGCCCAGAUCCCAAGGACGUUGGAGCAGACUACUGUGGAGACUGUGGUGGCGCAAUCAAGCCUGAAAGUGGAUGCUGCAAUACUUGCGAGGACGUCAGGCAGGCCUAUGUCCGUUCUGGAUGGGCCUUCACCCGCCCUGAAGGCAUUGAGCAGUGCGUUCGUGAGGGAUACAUGGAUAAAAUGAAGGAGCAGGCGGACCAAGGAUGUAGAAUGCACGGCCAGAUCACCGUCAACAAGGUCGCAGGAAACUUCCACAUUGCCCCCGGUCGUUCUUUCCAGAGCGGAAACAUGCACGUCCACGACAUUCAACAAUACCUCCAGCACGGACUGGAUUUCUCGCACCACAUCAAGCACCUCAGCUUCGGCGAGAAGGUUCCCAACGUCCACAAUCCUCUGGAUGAUCAGAGCGUCGAUGGAGCAGAGGGCUUGCACAUGUUCCAGUACUAUGUCAAGGUCGUUGGGACAAAAUACUUUUAUCUGAACAGGAUGCCCGUCAAUACCAAUCAGUACUCUGUCACGCAGUUCAAUCGCAACUUGCUUCAGAAGAACGCCAUGGGCGUGGCCAUGCAGCCCACUGGUUUGCCAGGUGUGUUCUUCAACUUUGAUAUCUCGCCAAUGCUGGUGAUUCAGAAGGAGGAGCGAAAGUCGUUCACGUCGUUCUUGACAGGAGUGUGUGCUAUUGUCGGAGGUAUCUUUACGGUAGCCGGCAUUAUCGACGGAGCCAUCUGGCGCGCGGAGAGGACGCUCAAGCGUAAGAUGGAGCUCGGCAAGGCCCUCUAG